AUGCGGCGUACCUCCGUCUCUCUGCCCAAACACAAACAAGGCCUCGCCCACGACCCUCACGAGAAGCCGGCUCGCUACCAACCGCGACAAGUCGGCACCCUGGAGAAACUCAAGAACGAUAUGAUGUCCCAGGCGCAGAAGACGCGCUGGCUCAAGACCGGCGCACUAGUCUUCUUCGUCCUGGUCGGCCUCUACUACCUCGCUCCCUCAGGCGUUGAUGUCUACCGUGGCUCCUCGGGUUCAUCGCCGUCAGCCGGCGGUGGCCAGGUUCCCUCCGAUUCGAGCUAUGGCACCACCUACUGCACAAAGUCCUUCUCCAAGGAUAAGCCAAUCGUGCAAUAUGUCAACAUGAUCGACGCCGGCAGCACUGGCUCGCGCAUCCACGUCUACAAGUUCAACAACUGCGGUCCCACCCCCUUCCUCGAGAACGAGGUCUUCAAGAUGACCAAGAAGGUGGACGGCAAGAGCAGCGGCCUCAGCGCAUAUCCCGACGACCCACAGGCCGCUGCUGAAAGUCUGAACAUCCUCAUGGACGAGGCCAUGGCAACCGUGCCGGACAAGCUCAAGGGGUGUUCCCCAGUUGCUGUCAAGGCCACCGCGGGUCUGCGUCUCCUUGGGCCGGAGAAGUCGCAGAAGAUCCUAGACGCCGUGCGCACUCAUCUCGAGACCAAGUACCCCUUCCCAGUCGUGACAGCCGAAAACGAAGGUGUUGCCAUCAUGGAAGGAAAGGACGAAGGUGUCUACGCGUGGAUCACGACUAACUACCUGCUGGGCAACAUCGGUGGGCCGGAUGAGAGCUCUACCGCCGCCGUGUUCGACUUGGGUGGUGGCUCCACGCAGAUCGUCUUUGAGCCCAACUUCAAGGGUGUGACGGACGGUGGAAUGCCUAGCAAGAUGGCCGAGGGCGACCACAAGUACGAUCUGGACUUUGGCGGGCGCCACUUCACCUUGUACCAGCACUCGCACCUGGGCUAUGGCCUGAUGAGCGCGCGCGAGGCCAUCUACGCCGAGCUCAUCAACCAGGUUCACGCGGCGCACAGCAGCUCCCCAGACAAUUCCUGGACGGCAAAGCCCGUCGUGAACCCGUGUCUCGCAUCGGGCACGUCCAAGGUGGUCACCGUGAAGCUUGGCGACUCGCACCCGCUCGGCGCAACGCGCGAGUUCAACUUCACCGGCCCCUCGUCCGGCGGCGCGCCUGCGCAGUGCCGCAGCCUGGCCGAGAAGAUCCUCAAGAAGGAGGCCGAGUGCAAGCUGGCCCCCUGCUCCUUCAACGGCGUGCACCAGCCCGCCCUGGCCAAGACGUUCACGACUCAGGAUGUCUUCUUCCUGUCGUACUUCUACGACCGCACCCAGCCGCUCGGCAUGCCCGACAGCUUCACGCUGCGCGAGAUGCAGGACCUCGCAACGCGGGUGUGCGGUGGCGCACGGGACGGCGGCUGGGACGUCUUUGCCAGCGUGGGCGGCGCGCUCGAGGAGCUUGCCGACCGGCCGGAGCACUGCCUCGACCUGAGCUUCAUGGUCGCGCUUGCGCACGCCGGCUACGAGAUGCCUAUUGACCGCGAGGUGCGGAUCGCGAAGAAGAUUAAUGAUAAUGAGCUGGGUUGGUGUCUGGGCGCUAGUCUCCCGCUCCUGUCCCAGAACUCGGGCUGGCAGUGCAGAGUCACUGAAAUCCACUAG